AUGGACACAUCAGAUGAUGAUUGGAGAGUUUUGCAAUCCAUCUUUUUUGCAGCAGUGAUAUCGGAAUCGAUAACUGAAAUGAACGAAAUACUUGCCAUUCAAGGACCAGAAAUGGCAAAAGUAUUAGCCACGUCAGUCGACGAACAGGGAAUUUCCCCCAUGAUGACCGCGAUCCGUCACGAGUGUUUUAAUGUCGUCGCAUUUCUGAUAGCCAAUUUCGGAGUCGAUGUUACGGGAUGUCACGGCGCUUUUGAGUGGAACGGAACCAAGUAUUACAAUAUCUCACCUCUGUGCGCAGCCAUCAUAAGUCGCCAGGCGGACAUUGUCGAUGAAUUUAUCGCCGUCGAACAGGGACAGUUGGAUCAGGUCAUCGCCGACAUGGAGGGAAUCAAGUCGAGUACAAUCCGUCGAGAGGAUCAAAUCGAUGCGCUGGAAUUGAUGGGAGCCGCCUACGUUUUCUACAGCAUGGAUUCCUCGACGUACGCCAUUUCUAUCUGGAAAGAAGCCACGAGACUUCGUCAUACGACAGUCGAUGGAGAACCGGCGAUCCCCAAAGUAAUUCCCCCUCAAUCCUCGCAUCUUUUUGCCAAGGCGAUGGGAUUCACUUCCGAAUUCACGACUCUGGAACACCUCGACCAACUGGAAGCCCAGCUUAACUUUGAUUUUGGCUACCCUGAAUUGCAUCUCUACACUCAGGCCUUGUUAGUCAGUCAGAGGAUGUCGCAUCAAUCCGAUCCUGAGCAACAUAAAUAUAUCCUCGUCCAUUUGUGCGAAUACGCCGAUACAUUCCACGAUGAAAGGCAGUUCAAUCGAGCCAUCAGCAUCGGCAUGUACAUGAUGGGUCAGUUCCAAGGACUCGAAGAAUGGGACGAUCCAUUUGUCAACAGUAUGAUCAUCAAGGUAAUUGAAAUCCUGGUUGGAAGUUUCAUCGAGCUCAUGGACCUGCCGAGCUCCGACAGAGAAGAGUUCACCUUCGCCAAUAUUAUGACCGUAAUGGAAUAUACCUUGGAGCACAACGUCAAGCUGCGAUCGGUUAACUACAGGGAAGAUGACGGAAACGAGCUGGAUUUGUUGAUUUUCGACCAGAUCGAAAUUUUGACGGAACUCCUUCCAACACUGAACGAACAAGAAACUCACCGAUUCAAGCGGACUCUUUACCAUUUCAUUCGAACCGAUUACAGAUUCAACAGAGUCGGCCAGGGCAAUCUCCUUCAUCUUGCCUGCUGCACCUGCUCAAUAACAACAAAACUCUUUCAUCUUAACGUCAUAAAAUUGUUACUGGAACUCGGAGUCGACCCAAGUGCCACCUCGUCCAACGGAAUGACGGCCCUUCACGUGCUGGCCAGUAUUGGAUGGGAGCACUGGUCGACCAACAUCACAGACGCAAUCCAGUUGCUGUUGGACUCGGAUGCUCAUAUCGACCAGCCAGAUGAUGAGGGCAUAACAGCUUUGGACUUAUUUAAACUCAAGGAAAAAGAACUGACUGAAAAUGGGAUCUCAAAUGUUUACCUUCAAAAACUGAUUCAUAAAGUGCGGCCCCUCACAUGUUUAGCUGCCCAAGUCGUGAGCCGGCAUGGAAUCCCAUUCGACGACCUGCCGUCCAGUUUAAUUUCGUUUGUCAACCGUCACUAA